AUAUGGCCGACAAAGUAGUUUGUUUUAAAAUUCUGUGUUGACAAUGGUUCAAUAAUCAGAAGUUCAGAUAACUGAAUGGGAACUAAACUUUAAUUCGACGAUGUAAACCAAGGCAGUGGACAUUUCUACAAAAUUUAUUGUCACAAAAGCAGCAAACAAAAGAGGUCACCCAAUUUCAAAACUGUGUUUCGAGAAAUACAGAAUCGACAAUUCAUCAAUCAAAAUCAAUGUUUUGAAGAUUGCAUAACGCUGACAAAAUUCUGCAAAAUAAAGCAAAGGUCAGCAUUUAAAUAUUCAAGCACUUCAUUUACACAAGUAGAUCAUUGAUACAAAAUGGCGGACAAAGGAGAAGAAAAAGUGGAGGAAUCGACAGAGGGAAAUGAGGAUAAGGCAUCGACAAGUACAUCGGGUGGAAUACAGUUGAUCCCUCUUCCUGUGAAGGAGAAGGAAGCAACUAAACCCACUGAAGAUCCCUUCCUGAUUAACACACGGCUGAUUCCACAAGCGGAAUUAAAAGAUCAGUCGAUGAGAGAAUUGGAAGGAUUGGGUUUAAAUAUAUUUGAUCAAGAUGAAUUUGAAAAAGGUGUCAUGGAUCAAGUGGGACAAAUGUUGGCAGAAGAAGAAGAAAAGAGAGUUCGUAAAAUAAUUGAAAAAGAAAUAAAAGGAGUUGAAGAUGAUAUAAGACAAACUAAAACCGAUCUUGUACAUAUUUUAAAAGUUGUUGCUCAAUGGAGUAAAGGUGACACCAGUAAUCCUGAAGUUAAACGACGUCUUGAUUCUGUUCUCAAAUCUAAAGGCAACAAGUUGAAACAGAUGAAGAAAUUAAUGUCCAGAAAAAAAGUUUUACAAGCUAAAUUAGACGGAGUGGAAAGGGAGAUAAGCGAUGAAGAUGAUUAUGAUGAUGGUGGUAUGAGUGAAAUUUUGAAAAAGGACACCAUUACAGAGUCUGAACGAGAGAGAAUGAUCCGAGUUGGGGAGAUGACCCCGUUUGGGACAAUCGUCAAAGAUUGUGCCGCACCUAAGAAAACCGUUACCGAUGAAACGGAACCGGAUUCUGAUACAAGAAAAGAAGAAUUACGAUUAUAUCUUUUAAAUAAACUAAACAAAAAGAAAGGCAUUAAAAGAGCUUCAGAAACUAUCACAUUGGAGGAGACAAGUUCGCGCGAUGACUGCUCUUCUGAGAAGAAGGCUAAAAGCAAUACAGAAGGGGAGGAUAACUCCGGUGAAUGUAGGCUAGCAAGACGAAGGAAGAUAUUACCGAUAGGUGUCAGUCCCGAUGAUCCCGAGUUGAGUGGUGAGGAAUUGGAAGAUGGAGAAAUUGGCGGGGAAAGUGAUGAAGAAUAUGUUCCACAAGAUCAGGAACUGUACGCUGAUUCCGAGGAAGAACUUGAUCCAUCACAGAUAGGGAAAACCCCUAAAAUAAAGGGAACUGGAAAACCCCAGAAAGCAAGUAACGGAAUUGGUGUUGUCAAACGUGUAAAAGUUGUAAAAGUAAAAAAAGAAUCGACUGUAAUUAGAAAAACUAAAGAUGAUGGAGAUACCAGAUACUUCCAAAAACGACUUCAAAUGUUUCAAAAAGAAGAAUUACGAAGACAAGAAUUAGGUGAUGUAGAAGAUGAAGAUGAGGAAUUUGACGGAGGAUUAGUUGUACCAGGUAGAAUCUGGAGUAAAUUAUUCAAAUAUCAAAGAACUGGAGUCCGAUGGUUGUGGGAAUUACACGGACAGGAAGCUGGAGGAAUUGUGGGAGAUGAAAUGGGUCUGGGUAAAACGAUUCAGAUGAUUGCGUUUCUUGCAGCUCUUCGUCAAAGUAAACUUCCUAAUAAACAUUUUCCGUAUAGGGGACUGGGACCAUGUAUGAUCGUCUGUCCAGCUACAGUCAUGCAUCAGUGGGUGAAAGAAUUUCACAAAUGGUGGCCUCCUUUCAGAGUGGCUGUUCUCCAUUCUUCUGGUUCUUAUUCAGGAAAAGAGUCUGAGUUAAUACGAAGUAUCGUUAAAGAUCGUGGUGUUAUAAUAACAUCGUAUAAUACAUUAGUUGGUUACCAAGACGACGUGUUACCCUAUAACUGGCAUUAUAUCGUACUAGAUGAAGGUCAUAAAAUCAGAAACCCAGAUGCUCAGGCCACACUGGCUUGUAAACAGUUCCGAACAUCACACCGCCUCAUACUAUCUGGAUCACCGAUACAAAAUAACCUGAAAGAGUUAUGGUCCUUGUUUGAUUUUAUAUUUCCCGGUAAACUUGGAACACUGCCAGAUUUUCUACAGCAUUUCUCGGUUCCCAUUGUACAAGGUGGUUAUUCUAAUGCUACACAAAUACAGGUGGAAACAGCUUAUAGAUGUGCUUCUAUUUUACGAGAUACAAUCAAUCCAUUUUUACUGCGCAGAAUGAAGGCCGAUGUCAAGGUUAACUUGGAUUUACCAGAGAAAAAUGAACAGGUAUUGUUUUGUCGGUUGACAGAUAAUCAACAUGAUGUAUAUGAAGAGUAUUUAGCGUCGAGAGAAUGUCAGAGUAUUUUACAGGGAAAAUAUCAGAUAUUUGCUGGAUUAAUUACACUACGUAAGAUCUGUAAUCAUCCCGAUAUUUGUACCGGAGGACCAAAAGUCUUUGAUCCAAAAGAAGUUGAAAACGAUGAGAGUUUAAAAUAUGGUUAUUAUACCCGAUCAGGUAAAAUGAUCGUUGUGGAAGCGUUGUUACGAUUGUGGAAAAAACAAGGACACAAAGUUUUACUCUUCUCACAGAGUACAAAGAUGUUGGAUAUAUUAGAGUUUUUUGUACAACAGAAGAAAUAUGAAUAUUUACGAAUGGAUGGUAAAACAACUAUAGGUGGUAGACAACCUUUAAUUUCUAAAUUUAAUCAGGAUCCUAAUAUCUACGUAUUUCUGCUGACGACUAGAGUUGGGGGCUUAGGUGUAAAUUUAACGGGAGCCAAUCGUGUAAUUAUAUUUGAUCCUGAUUGGAACCCAAGCACGGACACACAGGCCCGUGAACGGGCAUGGCGAAUCGGACAAAAGAAACAAGUUACUAUUUAUAGAUUAUUGACGUCGGGUACGAUAGAGGAGAAAAUAUAUCACAGACAAAUUUUCAAGCAGUUUUUAUCGAACCGUGUGCUCAAGGAUCCGAAGCAGAGGCGUUUGUUUAAGAGUAACGACAUCUAUGAACUAUUUACGCUUGGAUCUAAAGAUAAUGAGGAAGGCACAGAAACUAGCGCCAUAUUCGCAGGAACCGGGUCUGAUGUCAAAAUUCCUAAUAAAAAGGAAAAUUUGUUUGAUGAAAUGAAGACGAAAAAAUCCCAUGACGAGGAAGAAGAUGCAUACACGUCGACGCUCGACUCAAAUGAAAUGACGCGGAUGAGAGAACUCGCUCGUAAACUGAGCCAACAGAUGGAAAAAAAUAAAACAAAAAAUGAUCUCAAUUCAGAAACGGAUAAUCCCUCCACAUCAACACCGGUUAAAAAAACUGUUAUAACGUACGCUGAUUAUAAAAAACAAAAACUUGAGAAAGAAAAUGGUGAAAAAUCUUCCUCAAAAUCAGACGCUCAAACGUCCAGCUCAAAACAUUCUCACUCACGAUCUAAAGAUACCUCAACAACUUCAAGUAGCAGCCAUAACUCAGGAAAAAAACACAAAAAGAAGAAAAGAGAUGCAAGAUUUGAAGGAGAAAGAAUUCCACAUUUAGUAAAACAAAAGACGUUUACAACUGGUGGAGAACAACCAGAUGAUGAGACACAACAAAAUACCAGUCAGGAGGAUGAUUACGUUCUACGAAACCUCUUCAAAAAAGUUGGAAUCCAAGGUGCCAUGAAACAUGAUAAAAUAAUGGACAGUGGUCGACCAGAUUACGCUAUCGUCGAGGCAGAAGCGGAGAAGGUUGCUAAGCAGGCCGUAGCUGCUUUACGAAAGUCAAGAACAAAUUGUACACCGGCGACAUCUGGUGUUCCAACAUGGACGGGACAAAAUGGAGGAAUCAAACGUAGAUUUGGAAAGAAGAAAAAUACUUUGAUAUUAAAUGGAGGGGGUAAAAUAAUACCAGCUACAGAAACUAAGGAGGAAGCGAAAUCUAAAGAAGACUCAACAACCAAACAUUUUGAUGGAUCGGUGUCGGGUUACGUAGCAACAACCAACUCUGCGAUAUCGUCAGAUGAACUUUUAACCAGAAUGAGGCAACGUAAACAACAGUCUGCGACUUCUGCUGACGAUCCAAACGUCGAAACAUCUUCGGACAGACUGGAUCCGACUAAUAUGGAUCUGUUAACGGAUAUCAGAAACUAUGUCGCGUUUCAAGCUCGAAAUGAUGGACAAGCCAUGACUCAGGAACUUUUAGAUCAUUUUGGAAACCGUCUGCCCCCAGGAGACUCGGCCAAGUUCAAGGCCAUGUUAAGGCAGUUAUGUAAUUUCGACAAAACCUCAGGAAUUGGAAUUUGGCAGUUAAAGCAGGAAUUUAGAUGAUACAAAUGUUGAACCAGUUGCUAUAACUACAAUACCAACUCAAUAAACUUUUACUAACUGUGCCAGGCCAAUGAGAAAUUGUAAUUUGAAUUCUUAACUAUAAGAUAUUAGAAAAGCGAUUCAGACCAGCAAUCUGAUUAAAACACAGAUCCUAUUUCGUUUUGUUUUUUUAUAGUUCAAAAUUUCGUUUUACUUGUCUUCAGAUCUUCAUGUAGUGUAGGCCAUCGAAAGUAUAAAAAACGAAAUGAAAUAUAGAUCUGUAUUUUAAUCCGAUUGAUCCAUCAGUGGCUAGUUACGUUGUUGGUAUUGAACUCUUCGUUGAGGUAUGGAAUUGUAUAUAAGUUCCUGAAAUUUAAUCAAAUUGUGAUAUAGGAAAUAAUAGAGGCUAUGUUGUCCCAUCUAUCAUUGACUAGUGUCGUUGGUAUGGAACUAUUCAUUGCGGUAUGGAACUGUAUAUAAAUUCCUGAAAGUUGAUUACCAUGCGUUUCCUGACUAACAAUGACAUAUAUCUACAUAGAUUAUCAUGUCAUUCGAGACAUUUUAAUGUUUAAUAGUUUUAUAUCCACCACUAUCGGUAAUUGUAUCUGUAUCGGCCGAUAUAUUUCGCAGUCAAUAUCUGAUAUCGGUAAAUUGUGAUGAAGCUGUAAAUAAUAAUCAGUACAUUUAUACCACAUCAAACUCUGUUGUAUAACAAGGCCACACAAAUUUAAAUAUUUCUUCUUCUGAAACACCUUGUACCAACUAAGGCCACACUCGUUUUAAUUUUCCUGUUCGGGAAUACCUAGUCAAACGUAUGAUUCCUUUUUUUAGGGAAAAAUACUGAUCUAAAAGCAAAAAAAAUACUUGCCUGCACUUCUCAAAUUCCUAAAGGGGCAUUAUGGGAAAUUAGAUAAAGAGCUGGUAGUUCUCACUAUAAUAGUUAAAAACUAGAUAAUGUAAAAGGAAUAUGUUGGAAAUUUCAGUCAAAUUGAUCCACUCUGAAUUUUAGGCCUAGCCUCGAUCAUCAUUACUAAAGUCGGUGCAAAAAAAACCCAUAGUCUCGAUUAUCCAUUUUUGGAUUUGAUCAUCAAUGAGCGUUGAGCAGCAGAUCGGAUUCAAAUCCAGUGAUAAUCCAACACAUAAGAUGGCAUCGACUGUUGAUUAAGGUUUAGUCGUGUUAAUUAAUGUCUAAUUAAUAGUUUAUAUAACAUGUCGUGAUGUUAUUAUAUAUUGACCUUUUCCGAAUAUUGGCAGCUGCUGAACAAUUAUUUGUUUAUUUGUUGUACAGAUGGAGCCAAUUUUUUUUAUAUAUAUUUACUGAAAUCCAAGGCUACUGUUUGUUACUUGGGUAGUUAACCUAAAUAAUAAAUUGUUUAAUACAAUUAAUGGUUCUCAUUGAUGCAUAUUCAUUUAGUUAUUUUGUAUAAUUCUGAAUUACGGUCUUUUAUUAUUUAUUAUUUUGAUAGAAUAAAGCCUUUAUAUA